AUGCUGGCGGUGAUGGUGAUGCGCCCUUUCUUGUGUGCCCUGCUGUUUUUUGCGCUCUGCUGCUGCUUUCCUAAUUCCGCGUGUGCGGCGGAUGAUACAGCUGCUAAUACCACUGAGGAUGUCAAUGCUUCGGCGAUACCGACUAAUAUGAAAGAAGCUUUUGACUGGGCAUUCAAGGCGAUGUUUAAGGCGCGGGAGGAGGUGGAUGAGGCCAGCCAGCAUUGUGUGCAAGCUAAACUAAGUGCGGCGAAGGCAGCUGGGCUUGAGAAAGAAGCAGAGAUGGCUUUAAAAAAGCUUGGCGCGGAGGCUAUGACACUGAGCAAGGCAUUACGAGAUGCGAGGGGAGCAAACAGUGAAGCUAAGGCUGCCGUGACCGAAUGCGAGGCUGCAGAGGAGGCCGCACAACAAGCAGAGAUUGCGACGCUCGACGCCGCAUACGAGGUGCUGAACCAUGUUAAGACCGAUAGGAGGAGCAAGAAUUCCAAAACAGAGGGUCUUUUGGACGAGGCGGCAAAGCAUACUGCAAUUGCCGUAAAGAAGGCAAAGGAGGCGGAGGCGGAGUCUGAGAAGGCGGCAGCGGCGGCGCGGAAAACCCUGGAAGCAGCAGAGAAGGCAGCAGCGGCGCGGACCUUGGCACAAGACGUUGCCGCAACGGCCAGUGCGCUGCUGCGGCAGCGGGAGAGGGAGGAGGAGAGACGAAGAGCGAAGGACCGGGAGGCGGCGGAGGCCGCGAAAAAGGCUGCCAUUGCUGAGGUGAUGAAGAAAUUUGCUGCGAAGAAGGGGAAUGACGCGGCGUCUGGCAGGAAUUCCACAGCCACCCGCAUUCAAAGGACGAGACCGCGGGUGGAUGGCGGCGGCAUUCCAUUGCUUUUGCGUGCACCGCUUCUGAUGCUUGCUGCCGUGGCAUCCGUUUUCGGCUUCUUAUUGUGCUAG